UUGGUAUUCACUUUAAUAUAUCAUGUCUAUGCUUUUGGUUCUCUCUCUCUUUAUUCUCUUAGAAGUACCAAAAUCAUGUAUUGCUUUCGAAUAUUUUAUCUUCCCUCAAUCAUGGCCAAAAGGAUUUUGUGAGAAGCAAAUUGUGGAUAAACAAAACCGAACAUGUCACCCAAAAAUACCAAAGAAAUUCAUUAUUCAUGGACUAUGGCCAGAACCAAUAUCUACUGAUAGACCGAUUGGUGCUGUUAAUCUUACUGAGGAGGAUAUAAAAGCUGUGGAAAAAGAACUUGCUUUGGAUUGGCCAAGUUUACUUGGGAGUAAUUUUUUCUUUUGGGGUCGGGAGUGGUGGAAUCAUGGAGUAUUUUCAGAGGAACAGUUCCCAAAACUGGAAUAUUUCAAACUGGCGAUGGAAAUUUAUAAGAAAAACGACAUGUUUGAGAUUCUUAAAAAGGAAAAGAUUGUCCCAAAAACGAAAGAACUUUAUAAUGUAAGUUUCGUUAUUGAAGCAGUAAAGAAACACACCGAGCAUGAUCCUCAGAUAAAAUGUUAUACACAUGCAAAACUAAGGGUUCUUGCUCUUUAUGAAAUCAGGGUUUGUUUAACGGUCGAUGGAAUGUCAUACAGAGAUUGUCCCGAUCCUCAUGGUAAUUGUGGUACAACCCAUUUAUUGUACCCGAAAUGAUGUAUCAAUUUAUGCACCCAUCAUAUUUAAUAAAUACACAUUUUUGUUUUAA